GAGAGGGAAGGGCGAGUGUGAAGCGCUGCUCUGUUUUUUUGUGUUGCAUCUGCGAAGAAGAAAAUCGGAAACAGAAAAGAAAGCUAAAGACAAAUACAGAGUGUAGAGAGAGAGAGAGAGAGAGAGAGAGAGAGAGAUUUGAGCUUUAUGCUGUUUUGUUGGGAGUUGAAAAACUGAGUGGCGUAUUCUUCUUCCUUUUCAAUUUUUUUUGGUCUGCUUUUGGCUUAGCAAUCGCCAUUAUUGAGCUUCAAUCUCCACUAUUUCCAUCUGGGUUCUGGGUUCGGCUUCAUUUUCGCCGGAAUUUGGGAUUUCAAGCCGGAAAGUUUGCUCCUUUCUUUCUGGGGGAUUUGUGCUCUGUUUUCCCCCUUUCUGUUUGGGAGUUUGCUCUGUUUUUUUUCUCCUUUUUCCAUUCGUAAUGAAGGUGGAGGACGUUAGCCCCGGCGGCGGCGGCGGCAACUCAGCUUCUCUCGGCCGUGAGUUUUUCCCGAACGGGUUGCGGGUUCUGGCCGUCGACGAUGACCCGGUUUGUCUCAGGCUUAUCGGGCAGCUACUUCGCAAGUGUCAGUACCAAGUCACGGUGACGAAUCAUGCGCUGGAAGCUCUGAAAAUGCUGAGGGAGAGGAGAGACGAGUUUGACUUGGUAAUCAGCGACGUGAACAUGCCAGACAUGGACGGGUUCAAGCUUCUGGAGCAUGUCGAAUUCGAAAUGGACAUUCCAGUAAUCAUGCUGUCUGGUCACAGUGACAAGGAGCUGGUCUACAAGGGCGUGACUCAUGGGGCUGUGGACUAUCUGCUGAAACCGGUUCGAAUGGAAGAGCUGAAGAACAUAUGGCAGCAUGUGGUGAGGAAGAGGAGAAUGGGAGGGAAGAAGAGCGAUUCGUCGAGUUUGACUAACAAGGUUGAGAGGGAUGGCAAUGGAGUUGUUGGUGGUGUCGGAUCGAGUGAGUGCUCUGACGCGAAUGGGAAAUCGACGAGGAAGAGGAAGGAUCAGGACGAUGAGGAAGGGGAGGAAGACGAUGGGGAUAGUGAUGGAAGAGGGGAGAAUGAAGAAGGAGGCAACCAGAAGAAGCCUAGAGUUGUGUGGUCUGUUGAUCUGCAUAAGAAGUUUGUUCAUGCUGUUAAUCAGCUGGGAUAUGACAAGGCUGUUCCUAAGAAAAUUCUUGAUAUGAUGAAUGUUGAUGGGCUCACAAGGGAGAAUGUAGCUAGUCAUCUACAGAAAUACAGGCUCUACCUGAAAAGAAUGAGCUGUGACAAAGCCAUGGGCAUCCCAUUUGGAUCCAAAGAUGCCUCCGCCUACCUUGGCAUAGCCUCAUCAAUGGAUGGAUUCGACGAAUUUCGAUGCUUGACAACACCGGGAAGGCUCUCAACAUACCAACCAGGCAGCUUGCUUGGCAGACUGAAUCCUUCAUCUGGUCUAACUUUGAGAGGAAUCGCCUCAUCUGGCUUGCUCCAGCCAACCAAUUCCCAAACUUUGCUCAAUUCUUCUGUCACUAAUCUUGGACAACAAGUUCAGCAGUCAUCCUUUUUCUCCUCUGCCCAAACUUCAGGCUUGUUUUCACCUUCUCAAAGUAAGCCAACUUUUGGACAUGUUUCUAGCAUUGGAGGAGCUGCCAGUACUUCUGGAAACACUAUGCUGAUACAGCAUAAUCUUCACAGUAGGGGAACGUUUGGAGCUCAGUCUGCUGGUCUUGGUAUACCCUCGUCGAAUCGGGAUUCUUUCGGUGUUGGCAUCCGACAUGGACCGUUGUCUCCCAACUUGUUGGACAACAGCAGCAGAUGUAAUGGAAGCUGGGAGAAUGCAAUCCAGCUACCAAAGUUUCCUUCCAAUCCACUGAGUGAACAGUUCAGUCAUGAGCCCUCAUUGUCUGCAAGGGAGUUUAGGCCUUCUUCCAGCUCUCAGAUGGGGAAUAUCGAUUUCAGUUCUGCUAGCCUUGGACCUCCACUAGCUGGUGCUGAAAUGACAGGUCAAGUUGGCCUCAUUGGCAAUGUGAUUGAGGGCUUUAGCAGUCCCGUCUUGACCAACUCAUUUGGUGGGAUGAACUCGAUUGGUUCAUUAGACCAGGUGCCAUUUGAUCAUGGCAUGGAUCAAGGGAAAAGCUUUGAUGGUUCUUCUUCUGCCGCGGGGCAAUUGAGUGGUGGUGUGUCACCAACUGGGUUUGAAGUUGACAAAUCACAGAAUGGAUUCAUCACUGAUAGUAGCAGCUUCGAUCCUUUGGAUGAUAUGGUGGCUGCAAUGAUGAAAAGGGAGCAGAAUGAAGGUCUGAUCAUCGACGGAGACUUUGGACUAGACUCGUUCCAAAUUGGAUCAUGCAUUUGAGGGUGGAGAAGAAAAGGGGCUUUAGAAGUUUCACUAGGGGACUUAAUUGUAUCAUCAUGGCUCUUUUUUAGUUUCUAGACUUAUUUUUGGGUUCUGUCCCUUUUGGUCUCUGCAACUUUUGUUCUUGUUUAGUGGUACUGUCCCAAUUCUCUCCAGUGACUGCAGAUAAAAGUUCAUUUCUUUUAGUUGGUAACUUGUGUUUUAAGUUAGGACCUUUUUAGGGUUAAUCUAAAAUGUUCUAGUUUCUCCAUGAAAAAUAAUGGAAAUGGCAUAAUGUCUUCAAGAAUCUACUUUCUGGGUUCCUACAUUUU